AUGGCCACCAGCGACGCUGCCGCAGCCUCUGCCCUUGGCGGUCGGGCCGACCGGCGCUCUCCUCCUGCGGCGUCCCAAUCAAAGCGUGACCGCAAGCGACAAGCUCUCAUGGACCGCCUUGCCACAAUGAGCGACAAGUUUCAGCGCGAACAGGACCCGACGUACCGCGACCAACUACAAAAGAUUCAGUUUGAGCUUAACCUCGUGCAGCGCUUCGAUCCCUACGCGGAGAACCCGCUCGACGCGGCCGACGAACUGCGCAAAGAGCACAAGCAAGUUCUCGGCCCCAUGGCCAAUUCGGACAACGCGCGAAGCAUGAUAGACAUGGCUGGCAUUCGAUUUCCCGAGUUUAUGGACGAGCUCGAGGAUCUCGUAGAAAUUCGCGAUUUUCAGCUGGCGCAGUCCAAGAAUGAAUACGAUCGCAAAGUGCAAGAAUACAAGAAUACACAUGCCUACAAGACCGAAACCGCGAAGCGAGAGCACCGAGCUCUUACAAAAACUCUGCGAGAUCGAAUCAUCAACACUCUCACACAAAAGAAGAACCGUCUGAACCGUGAAAAGGAAGUCCUCGAGAUCAACGACUCCAACGCCCUCCUCCUAAACCCCAACCAAUUCAGCCUGACAAACCCCGGCUCUCCUGGCGGCACCCAUGGCAAACGAGCAACCCGCCUGCGCAAGGACGCCGACGACCUGACUCUGUUCCCCGACGCCAAAAAGCGCAAGCGGAACCACGAAGACGACGCCUCGGCGCCCGCACGCCGCGGCAUGGACCCGAGCAGCACCACGCCGCUGUGGCAGUCGGAAAAGGCUCGAGCCGUGGCCAAGCAAAAUGGCCCGGUGUACAGCAUCGACAAGCUCUUCACGGACAAGGAGCUGUCGAUGCACUACAAUACGUCGGCCAUUGCCGCCCACCAGUACGUGCUGCGCAACCGCGCCAACGGCAACGCCUCGCUGCCCGACGACGACAGCGAUUCGGGCCACAUCAACGGCGACGACAAUGACAACGAGUCGACGCCCUCGGCGGCGCCCGCUAUGGAGCGCAACGUCUCCCACGCGACUAGGAGCACGCGUGGCGGGGGUGCCGCCGCCGCCUCGGCCGCCGCCGCGGCGCAGAACUUCCUUGACGACAAGAUCCUGGGCCUCGAGGGCAUCGCCAACUUUGAGCUGCCCGGAAACCUGGACCUGAUUCACGCGCAGGAGCCGCCCAAGAUGCCGCCGCCGGUACCGCAGCAGUACCUCAAGCCGUACACGCGCACGGCCGACCAAAACUUCCCGGUGCCGCUGUCCCAGGACGACAUCGCCUCGGACCUCACCGUCAUGGGCUACUUCAAGCAGUACGACCAGUCGCACCACCGCCCCGGCGCGCACCUCGACGCCUCGACAGGCAUGCGCCGGGUGCUCGAGGCCGUGGCCACGCCAUACCACCGCGGCAGGUACGUCGCCUUCACCGCCGCGCCCCGCGACGACCCAGAGGCGGUCAGCGAGAACCUUGGCAUCCCCAGCAGCCUGCGCGACCAGCCCAGCCCAACGGGACCCUCGGGUGCCGCCUUUUCCUCGGCGGCGGCCGCGGCCGCGGUUCCCAUGAGCAGGCAGAGCAGCGGCGGCACGACCAUGAGUCGUCAGGCCACGGGAGGCAGCGGACGAGGCAAGGGUCGACGUGGUUAA